AAUGACGUCCAACAAUCCAUCUGUAUUUCUUCUCAUGGUGAACGGGCAAAUAGAAAGCGCUAAUUUUCCACAAUACGACGACUUGUACUGCAAAUACUGUUUCGUGUAUGGACACGACUGGGCACCCACAUCCGGACUUGAGGAGGGAAUCUCGCAGAUCACGUCCAAAGGCAGAGAGUCUUCCCAAAGCCUGGUGUGGAACUUUCCCAUCGAGAUCACUUUUAAAAGCACAAAUCCUUUUGGCUGGCCUCAGAUUGUAGUGAGUGUUUACGGUCCAGACACUUUUGGAAAUGACGUUGUGAGAGGCUACGGAGCCGUUCAUGUUCCGUUUACUCCUGGCAGACACACAAGAACCAUCCCAAUGUUCGUGCCAGAGUCCACGUCGAUACUGCAGAAAUUCACAAGCUGGGUGAUGGGCAGGCGUCCGGAGUUCACAGAUCCAAAGGUUGUGGCUCAGGGGGAAGGCAGAGAAGUAACUAGGGUACGCUCUCAAGGUUUCGUUACCCUCCAGUUCAACAUUGUGACUAAAGACAUGAAAAAACUGGGCUAUGAGACGUCGUCAACAGAGAAUACAGCAGCCACAAGCCACCAAGGACCAGGGCCCCACUACACAGUCUGA